UUGAGCAGCGAUACAAUGUCUGUUCCUGAUUGAUGUGGACAGAAGAGAAGCUGCUGGGUGAGGUCUGCUGUUGUACCAGAGCAAAUAAUGGGGCAAAGCGGUAAACUCGGGUCAUAAAAGCCUCAGAAUUCAUCUUGUUAGUGGGAUUUUUAAACUCAGAUAUUUGUUCUUUCAGUUUUGCGGCGCCUCUCUCAUUAACACACCAUGUUAGCUGCUCGCUGCUAGCCGCUAACGCCUAAUGCCAGUGCACCUGUGUCCGGCUUCUUUGUCUCACUCUUGUCGGUAUCUUAAUUUUCUCCCCGUCUGUUAAUGACUUUGCUAAGAUAAACGUUAGCUACUUUUAUUUAAAUUUCAUCCUCUAAUGUAGAAAGCUUGAGUCACCCGUAUCCGACGUGCGCUGUCAAAGCUAGACAAAGACCUGGCGACUGUCUCCGUCCAGAAAUGUAUGAUGUGAACUCUGCAUGCGUCCUACUGGAUAUUUAUACACCCAAAUAGUCAAGCUAGUCCCGAAACUAAGAAAUGGCGUCCUCCAAAGCAAAGGUCGGAGUCAACAGUGAGACCCAGAAAGAAAGUAAAGGCAACGCCAGCAGUUCAGCUGGAGAAGCAUCACCAAAUAACCGGAUAUACUGCCUUGAUGACCUGGAGACUAUUGCCACAGUUGGCACGGGGACUUUUGGCCGAGUCUUCCUGGUCAAGGACAAGAAGAGCAGGGCCUUCUUCGCCCUAAAGCAGAUGAAGAUCCCCGACGUGAUCCGACUGAAGCAGGAGCAGCACGUCCACAACGAGAAGGAGGUGCUGACAGAGGUCAACCACCCCUUCCUCAUCCGACUGUUCUGGACCCACCACGAUGAACGUUUCCUCUACAUGCUGAUGGACUACGUGCCCGGCGGCGAGCUGUUCAGCUAUCUCCGCAGUCGUGGGCGCUUCAGCAACGCGACGGGCCUCUUCUAUACCUCGGAGAUCGUAUGCGCUAUCGAGUACCUCCACUCCAAAGAAAUCGUGUACCGAGACUUGAAGCCGGAGAACAUCCUGCUGGACAGCGAAGGACACAUCCGGCUGACUGACUUCGGCUUUGCUAAGAAGCUCUCUGACAGGACCUGGACUCUGUGUGGCACUCCUGAGUAUUUGGCUCCCGAAGUCAUCCAAAGUAAAGGUCACGGCCGAGCGGUGGACUGGUGGGCUCUGGGCAUCCUCAUCUUUGAAAUGCUGGCUGGGUACCCGCCGUUCUUUGAUGACAAUCCAUUUGGAAUCUAUCAGAAGAUUUUGGCCGGAAAACUGGAAUUCCCACGCCAUCUGGAUUUCUAUGUCAAAGACCUCAUCAAGAAAUUUCUGGUCAUUGACCGAGCCAGACGGCUAGGAAACAUGAAGAACGGAGCAGAUGAUGUGAAAAAGCACCGAUGGUUCAAGACAAUUGACUGGGAUGCGGUUCCUCUGAGGAAACUGAAGCCUCCAAUAGUUCCUAAAGUUUCCCAUGAAGGCGACACCUCCAACUUUGAUAUCUACCCAGAGGACAACUGGAAGAAAGACCCUCCUGUGCCUCAAAAGGACUUGGAGAUCUUCAAGAACUUCUGAACUCUCGGCCUGGCUUAUUUAUUGAUUGAUUGGUUGGUUUAUUGAUGGAUUAUGCUGAGAAUUGACACAACAUAAUGUAAAGGUACUGUUACAGGUACUAUCAUGACGAAAAUACUUAUUUAUCAAAGCAGGAGGAGUCACAUUUUAUCUUUAAUAACGACUUCCCUGAACUCCAAAUGACAGAUGCUGUGACAUGUAUCAAACCACAGAGAUGAUUUGCUUUUGAUAUUUUUAUUUAUCUGACUAAAGUCAAAUCUUUGUUGUUUUAAUUUUAUGAUUUUUUUAAAUCAUUGUUGUUUUUUUUCUCUGAGCCUGCUCAUAUGCAAAAAGAAAAAAAAAAAUCUGGUUCCUUUGAAACCAAAAGACUGUUACUUUCUAGGUUCAAAACUGAAUAAUCAGGUCUUUUUUUAUAUCGUCAUGUUUUAUAUUUUCUCUCUUUUUAAAAAUGUUCAUGUAGUCAUAUUUAAUGUGACUCCAGACUGGUGCUGUAACUGUCAGCUGGCCAGUACUCAUUAAUGACUUAUUAUACUGUUUGUAGUCAGACACUUUAUUUUAAAAAUGCGUGACAGGUAGCACUUGUAAAAAGGUGCCUUACACCACAGUUUGAUGGGAGUAUUGUCUCGCAGUUACAUCACUUGAAAUCAGCAGCACUAAUGGAAGUGAAAUGGUCGGACUCUCAGCGAAUGUGAGGUUGUAAAGAACCGGCUGCUCUCCUGCUGUAAAGCUGUCUCCUCCCAGCUCUGUUAUUUCCUCCUGCAGCUCUGCAACAGAUUCAUCCACAGCCACAGUUCUUUGUUAUUGUACAGCCACAGCUGGUCUACAGACUUUCCCAUCACACCUUCAGUCAUCAUCAUCAUCAUCGUCACUGUCAUGCUUCUAAAGCCGAGUCAUGUGAGGUGAAACUCACGUUUAACCUCGAUGUCGUCAGUAUUCAUCAGCAUUUCAGUUGAUAUUUCAGAACACGUCCACCCUCAAGAUUUUCAUUCUGUGCCUCGGCCUCCGUUGCUGUGCAGCCAACUAAACUGAAAACGUCUCAUUAGCAGGUGUUGCGACAGAAAACAGCAGCAGGUCUAAACAAAGCGGCAUUGUUUCACUGUUGGAGGCCGGCGAUGCUGCGUGUACACUUAAAUCCUCUAUCAGUGUCUUCACAGGCGGCUUUCAUGUAAAGCAGUUAGUGCUGAGCGGCAUUGGCUUUAUGUUUUUUCUUACGAUACACUAUGAGCUGAAGCUGGGCUCAGAAUACAGGAGUAGCUUUACACUCCCUCCUCCAGGUUAUUCAGUGGGAUUAUGUAAUAAUCUGUGUUGGUUAGUCUGUCAGCAACAUUACUCAAAACGGACUUGAUUUGGAAUACAUUUUCAGGGAAGGUCAAACUUGACACAAGCACCAAGUGAUUAGAUUUUGGCAGUGAUGCGGCUUAUAGUGUGGAUCCACAGAUUUGUUAAAGGUUUCUUCAUCAUUGUGAGACAGCGUCCCGGCGUCACUGUAACCAUGACAACAAGUGAACACCACAUCAGCUGCCUGCUGAUGAUCACAUCAUUGUGAUCCUACUACAAGUCGACCGUUGUGGACUUAUCGAGACUUGUCAAUCGAAAAUUAUACAAGAACAAUUGAUUAAAUUGUGGGGAUGUUUCAAAAUCCCAUCAAUUCCCACUGCCCGCUACAUAUUUGCGAUCUGGUAUCCGUACAUAAUGUACACAUGCAUAACACACACCUGUGCUCAGCUCAAGGUAGUUUUGUUUGUGGGUACAUCUAUAUUAAAUGGCCACAUUCUAUGGUGCCAUGAUUUCUGCCACAAAUUUUUUCAAGAUUUUGUCCGUCGAAAAUGAUACAAUAACUGAGCGGCCUUGGGGAGAACUACGCACUCUGAGUGCUUUUCUUGUGAGGUAAUGGGAUCGUCAACGUCAACUCACAGACUGAUUAACAUCAAACAUGAUUGAAGUUAGCGGAGAUACUUAUGAUUAACAUUCUAGCCCCUGACUCUAACUGUAGCCUGAAACUUCAAAUCUCACAGCUCAUCUCAGUCACGUUUCCAGACUCAUUUAGCUUCUGCUUUUGGCUUUUCCUACUGCAAAGUAUUAUGCGCAAUUGUUGCGAUUACAUGACGCAGUGCACAAUAAUCUUAAUAUAUUGUAAUGUGGUGUCAACUACCAGCUAUUUUAACAGUCGAAUUAUAGAUUGAUUAUUGAAACGAAUCAUUCUAGGUAUAAAUUGCACAAUUACUAGCUCACAUAUAUAUAUAUAUCAUAUUUCACUAUCUGCUUUUAAAUUCAGCUUUAAGUUGUUUUAGGCACAAGCUAACUUGAAAUAAUAGCAGUAAAGAUGCUUGUGUACUUUUGUCUUUGUUUGUUUUUGAUACCGAGCUUUGUGAAAUUAAAAAGUUGUUCAAACCAGAACACACAGUGAUGCCACCAACUAACUGAGAUUUAAUUUACCGACACCACUCUUUUCCUGUCUUUGGUUUUGUGUCCUUGUCCGAGAUUAGCAAGUAAAGCAACCAUGUGUUGGGAUUUUAAAACCCCUGUAGCGUGAGCCCAGCUUAACCAAUCAGACACUCUUAAAGAAUCAGCUGAUCGCCACAAAGUAAGCCCAAAUAAUUGCCGCUGUUUUAUUUCAGCAAUGAGGAAAUGUUCCGAUCUCGACAACUGUAUGUAAAUUUGGAAAAACAGGCAGCAAGUUGUUGCUAGCAUCUAAGAUUACAGCAGCAGUCCCUUAAAUUCAACUAAAAACAGCACAGCUAACUUUGGAACGAAUGAAUGAAUUCGACUCUGCAUGAGAAGAAUGCAGAGAUGUUGGUCUGAACAAAGCCAAUGUUUUAUUGGACGUUUUGACAUCUACGUCUUGAGAAAACACUUGAAACAAAAAGUUCUUGGCUUCCAUCACCUGACAUUCACAUCCAUUUAUUUCCAUUUAGGUGCCAUCGUCAUCCAAAUUGCAGAAUUCUUCCUCCUGUUUCAUUUAAUUUUCUCUCAGAGCACAAACUGCUGUAGAACUCGCUGUACAUGUAAUAUAAUGACUAAUGUUCUUUCCUUUUUGUUAAGACAGAAGUACCUACCAUCAGUUUUAAUAAAGCCUUGCGACAAAGAGAUGUGGAACAUAUUUAUCAGUUGAAAAAAAUACACUAAAAACAACACAAAAGGAAAAUAUAAGGGGACUGUUCAGAUUUUAGUCAGAGUUUGUUUCAAUAGAAAAGAUAAACAGGCAAAAUUGCACAUAAAUGACCCCAAUGCUGUAGUGUUAGAAUAUAAUGACUCUAAAGUAUCAAGAAAGUAUUGCCUCAUUUAAUUUAAAUUAAGUAAACUGAAAUGAUCUAACAACACUGAAGCCUGGACCUCAGCCCUCACAGCUCACUGUAAAUAAAGCAACAUCACCAUCCAUCUUUCUUCUAUCUAUAUAGUCACAAUUGUUUUCCCACUCUUCUCUGUAAUGUCGAACACAUCACGUCCCAUUGCCUGUCAGCCAGUUAUCAUAUACACAGUUAGCAAGUCCAUUCAUCCAGUCGCCCGCUUUCUUAGUAGAAGCUGCUCUGAAUACGUCUCGAACAGCAUUCUUCUCUGCACUUUUAUUACAGUGUUCAAAUCAAUGCAGCAGAACCGGAGUUUUUCUUCCUCCUUGUGUUGUUCUUCCUCUUCAAAAUCUGGCUCCUACAUUACCCACAAUGCAACUCUUCCAGCUGCAGUUUGGUCCUUUGAAGGGUUUCAGCAAAACUCCUCAUGGUUAGACAAGAAACUUUCUGAGACAAAAACUAUGGUAUCAGACAGAAUGAGGACACUCCUGUGCAAAAAUGUCAAAUACUUCAAAACUGUAUCACUUUACAGUAAUCACACUGCUUCUAAGUAGUACACUAAGUCGUAAUGUAAAUAUAUUUCAGUGUAUCACAGAUAGUCUAUAAAUGUCAUCCUUCCAUCAUAUUUUACCCUCUAUUACAAUCACUCACCUCAGUUCUUCACUGUCAGACUAGGCAUUCACUAUGGCAGUCCUGGCAGUGAAGAACUGAGGUGGGUAUGUGAUUGUAUGAUCACACCACAUAUUAGAACCAAUCUGAGCAAAGCAAUUUUGUCUUGUUCUCAUCUGUCCUAAUAAUGUGCUCCUAGUAUUUAUCUGACUGCUUUUGUCAUGUUCUUUACGAAAGUUUUAUUUCGCAAUUUUGUACAGAAAAACAAGCAAGGUUUCGUUUGUUUCAUCAUCCAUAGCAUCCACAUAAUGUCACGUACCGGGCUUUGCAAAAGUUCUGUUACACUCGGUUUCAUGAUCUUUAGAGACGUUUACAUGUCGGAGUGAAAAAUUCCAUUAAAUAAACUGAAAGUUCUACCUUAUAGGCAGGGGUCCUUAAUACAAAUUUUUUUCUCCGGUGAAGUUGUAUCAAGAUGGAAGUCAAAAGAGUUGAGAUAUCUGCUCUCCUUCGUGCUGAACAUCAGCCGGAUGACCGUCCACAGAGUCGCGGAGAGGCUCAAGAAUGGUGAAGAUCUUUCAGGUCUUCACCAUUCUUGAUAGAUCAGUGAAAGAUCUUCACCAUUCUUGAGCCUCUCCGCGACCCUGUGGACGAUCAUCUGGCUGAUGUUCAGCUGCUUGGCUCUGUCAGACUUGUUGUGGCCAGCAUGAAGAACAAAUUUGUGUUAAGGACACCUGCCUAUAAGGUAGAACUUUCAGUUUGUUUAAUGGAAUUUUUCACUCCGACAUGUAAACGUCUCUAAAGAUCAUGAAACCGUGUAACAGAACUUUUGCAAAGCCCGGUAAUGCAAUGUCUUCCAGACUGAGCUGUCUCAAAAACUCUCCACGGACAAGCCCUGAGUGAAGUCUGAAGCAUUUGUCUAUUUUUAAGAGGAGUUCACUGUCUGUGGCGUCAUAUUAGGCGGAUGGCCACGAUGACCAUGAUUCUCAUUCUGUAAUUCCUGAUUGCUGCUGCAGCUGUUUAAUCAGAUUUUUUUUUUUGUUGGUCAAUGAUCCCCCUGUAUUAUUUUCCAUCCUUGUCCAGUUUUAUGAUUAGAUUAUUUAGUUCUUUUGUCAGUUUUACUCCGCCAAGGAACGCAACGAAGUUGUGUGACCAUCGGUAUACGUUUGUCCGUCUGUAUGUCUGUCUGUCAGCAACAUUACUCACAAACAGACUUACAGAUUUGAAUGAAAUUUUCAGGGAAGGUCAGAAGUGACACAAGGACUAAUUGAUUAGAUUUUUGGCAGUGAUGCGGCUCAUAGUCUGGAUCCACGGAUUUGUAAAGAUUUCUGUCAUUGUGAGAUAGCGGCACGGCAUCACUGUAGCUAUGACAACCAGUGAACACUACGUCAGAUGCCUGCUGACGAUCACAUGAUCGCGAUCCUACUAUAAAUCGAUCACUGCGGACUUACCAGGACUUAUCCACGGAAAUCAUACAAGGAACAAUUGAUUCUUUUGUGGGGGUGUUUACGAGUCCCGUCAAUUCCUGCCGCCUGCUACAUAUUUAGGUCACACAAUUCAGUAUCCGUACAUAAUGUACACAUGCAUAACACAUGCCUGUGCUCAGCACAAGGUCAUUAAAGAUUUCAUCUGUCGGAAAUGACACAAUGACUGAGCAGCCUUGGCAGAGUGUUGCACGCAGACAUAUAGUUUCAAAACAGAAAAACUUCUGGUGUUCACCGUCUUUUUUAAAAGCAUGGUCGUGCUUUUACUUUUGUUUCAGUGAUCACAGGUUGUUCAAAGUUUGUUUUGUUGCAUUGACUUUCGGCGUUGGGGACUGUAUUUUUAGUAUUGUCUUUCUAAAUUAUUUGUCUGAUUAUUCAUAACAGGAAGUAACUUGAUGUUCAACCUAUAAGUAACACUACUGUUGGAAGGUGAUGCAGCUUUUAAUCAUUUGGCAUUUAAGCGAUAUUGCACAGGAGUAAACUCACUUCUGUUGUUUACUCUAAGUACACUUUAUGUUUAGACUUUCAUAGAUGAUAAGGUGAAUUUAACAAAUAAGAUCAAGCACUCUGCUCCAGGAAAAUAGCAAACUUCAAAGUAUUGGCACCAAAUAUUAAAAUAUGGCAGCUUCAGUUCAACAAUAGACUGAAUGCAUUGUUUUUGAAGACACAUACUAGUCAACCCAGUACAGACAUUUACGUUUAAAGGUCAUCCACAGUAUACGAUAUAUGGGAAUGCACAGAAACUAGUAUGUAUUACCAUCAUAUUCAGUAGCAGCUGUGUGUGUGUGUCCUUGUUAUAUGUAGCUCUUAUAUGUAGGAAAAAAGAAUCGGCAAGCUUCACAAUGUCUGUAAUAUCACAGUCCACACUGUAUUUAAAGCUUUUUCUGCUGAGUAGGAGAACAUGCUUUAUUGGUGCUCAUCCAUUUAGAAUGUUUUUUUGUACAAUGCAUGUGUUGUUUUUACUGUCCAGUCCAAACCCACGUUGUCUUUCCCAGCAAUCUGCUUUCUGAUUCUCAACCUUUGCCUUGAAAAUGUUUUUGUUGGAGCAAUGAUUCAUCGUUUUCUACCCAAUACAUAGCAAUGCCUUUUAAUAUACAGUAACUCCCUUUAUACCUUUAGUUAUGGAACUUUAAGCAAUGACAUAUGUUUGUAUGAAGACCAAAGCGUCUUUGGAAAUGUUCGAAGAAACUGAUAAGAAAGAAACCUGUUCUCUUUUCUCUUC